AAACCACAAAAGCAUGGACCUGGACGCACGGCGGCUUCCCCUCCGCCCUACACCCGCAAACCUCCCUCCCCAACCCAACAACCCCCCUCAAACCCACCGAAAUCCUCAUCCGCACCAAAGCCGCCUCCCUCAACCCCGUCGACGUGCAAAUAAUGUCGUACCCCAUACUCCCGCACCUCCCCACCUGCAUCCUCCCGCUGCACAAGGGCGUAGGCGAGGACUUCUCCGGCAUCGUUGUCGGAGCCGGCGGGGCGGGUUCCGCAUUUAAGCCCGGCGACGAGGUUUUCGGUAUCGUCCCGUACCUGCCGGGGGGCACGCUGCAGGAGACGAUCAGGAUCGACACUAGUCGUAGUUCCGGCGCAGUCGUACUCCCCAAGCCGGCCGACUGGUCCUGGGAGCAGGCCGCGGCGGUGCCGCUCGUCUGGUUAACGGCGCAGACGACGAUCGCCCGCGUGGAGUCGCACGUCCAGACGAAGAACGGCCGCGUGAUGGUGCUGGGUGGCAGCUCCGCGUGCGGGAUGUACGCGGUGCACCUCGCCAGGCAGCGCGGGUGGACGGUGCUGGCGUCGUGUUCGGGGCGCAACGCCGAGUUCGUCCGCUCCAUGGGCGCCGACGACAUCGUCGAUUACACUGAUACCACCACCAGUGUUCCCGAGAAAGUCGCCGCCUUCGUGCCCGACGCCAUCAUCGAUUUCGUCGGCGGCACGGGGUGUCUGGGUCUCGCGCCGCGAUACGUCACCGUCGUCGGCGACAAGACCGACCGCGCCUCCCCGGGCGGCAGGUACCUCUACCUGUGGAACCCGCAGAUGCUGCUACGCGCCGUCCUGGGAAGAAUUGGGCUGAGUCGUUGCUCGUAUACGUGUAUCAAUCUCGAGUUCAGCGAUGCGUUUUUGCGCGAGGUGCUGAGUCUUCCCAAGGACAAGAUCGUCAUCGACACGGUGUACGAGUUUGGCCAGGUUAGAGAGGCGUUUGAAAGGCUUAUCUCGGGACGGGUCAGGGGGAAAUUGGUGGUUAAGGUUGCGGAAUAGGAGAAUGAGAGGGUGGGCAACUGUUCCCUGCAGUGCACGAUACCCACCCACUGUAUGAUUCGGGGGCGAAAAUCGAUUGCACGGACACCUCUGUUCAGUGUAGUGCAUAUAUGAAAAAGCCAGCAGAUGCUUGGUAUUCAUCCAUGCCACUGGGUGCUGUAGUAUGAGAUUGAGAUGCUCAUAAAGCAUCAAGCAUUCACUCAUUGAAGCCCACGCUUCUGUCAGUGCUGUCUGCUGUCCAUGAGGAAUAGGCUGGUGCAUCAGAGACUUACCGUCGAUCUGAGCCUGAGUACAAUCGGUGAGUCGGCACUUCCGGUCAAGGACUGUUGUUGGAAAAAUCUUCUUCAUAAUUAUCUCUCAGUUCGCCGUUAGUCCAAACAUCGAUCUAAGCUCAGGGUUAGAGUAUAUGCCAUUCCCAGGGCGGCC